AUGGCUCGUUCAACUCAUUGUGGCACAUCAGCUAGCCAUGGUCCAUACAGUGCUCGACAGAGUCAGUCUUCUCUUGGUGCACUUCCAGCUGAGAGUUCAUCUCGUGCACCAUCACUUCAGGGUUCCUCUAUACCAGGUUCUUCUGGUAGUUAUUCUGGUUCUCGAGGUCUAGUUCAGCAGAGGAGUCAGGCUACGACUUCUGCACCAAUUGCUCCACCACCCACCCACCCAGCUCGGGGUGGGGCUCAGUCAGCUAUGGGUCGCCCAAGAGGGAGAGGCCGACUAGGUGGCGAUCAGAGUUUUGUACUGCUUAUGAAUGGAAAGCACCCACAGACCAUAUUAACAGAUCAAGAUCUUGGCUUAAUAGAAGCUAUUGCCAAUGAAUUGCCACACUUUAAACAUGCCUUUUUACUUUAUGAACUUGGUAACAUCGAAGAAUUUGAGCACCAAUGGGAUGGAUUGAUCUCUCAAUUUGAUCUUGGAUCAAAUAGGCAUAUAAAGUUGCUAUAUUUAAAUCGUGCAUCUUGGGCACUGCCAUACUUGAAGGGAUACUUUUUUGCUGGAAUGGUUGGUACUGCAGUUAGUAUAAGAAACUAUGCUGGUGAAGAGGCAACAAUGCGGCAAAAGUAUUACAAUUCUCAAAUUAAGACAUUCAUGCCGAUGGAGAAACAUGAAUCAAAAGUUCUCACGCCCUUCGCCUUUAAGUUGUUACAGGAUGCGAUGAUACUUUCUGUUGAGUAUAGUCUAUUUCCACAUAGUGAUGGAUCAUAUCUUGUGCGUCACUACAGCAAAACAGAUGGUGGACGUUUUGUCUAUUGGAAUUCAAUAGAAGAGGUUGUUCAAUAUUCUUGCCAAGAGUUUGAAUUUUCUAAAAUUUUGUGCAGGCUUUCUAUUCGAGUACUUAGUGCUCAUAAUUAUUUCAUGUUGCCUGAUAAGUAUUUCCUGGCUAGGUGGAGGCAAGAAAAUCCAUUGGUUCUAAAGUUUACUCAUAUGAUGAAAUCCAAUAACGAUAACAACGAGCUCCAGAGUCUUCAUUCUACAUUCAGAGAUUUCACUCUUGAAUCAAUAAAAACAAAAGGUCGUCUUGAAUAUGCUAAGAAGGAAUUGCAAAGAGUGCGGCAAAUUAUUCAAUGUUUUCCUGAAAAUGAGCAUAUGAAGGAAGAGCAUGAACAUGUUGCUUUAGUCAAUCUAUAG